CUAGCUCAUCGUCUAAAUUCGAGAUUCCUUGCCUUUCGAUGUUCUUGUCGCCGGGGUCGGUCGCUGUCCGUCUUCGCGACCGAAACCCGACGAGGUCCAACUAUAAAAUUCCCCCUUCAGCUUCGCUGCCCUGCCGUUUCUCCGAGAUCUCUCUUCGUUGAAUUCUCGUAUAAUUUCUAGGAGAAGCGGCAUGGACACUGUCCAGCUCGACGGCGAAGAAGACGGUCCUGCUAUCACAGCUCUCGGCUCCCUCUUCAAGCUCACCCACGUCUUUCUCUGGGACCACGGCUCUUCGACGGCGCAAGAACUUCCGCCUUCCACCGAAACUAGCAACCCACCUCGCCGCGACGACAAUGUCGGCUCAAACGUGGUCUCUACCGCCGCGGAUUAUAGUCCUUUACCAGAGGACUUGGAACUCGUCAGACAGAUGAGCGAGCUUGGUCUUCCGCUUGCGUUUCAGACGAAUAAGAAGAAGAAUGGAAUUUCCAAAGUGAGAAAAAAGAGAACACAUAAGAAGAAUGAUUAUGGAAAAGAAGGAAUUGAGAAUGACGGAACUCGAUUGCCGAAAGUGAGUGAGCCUGUUGUUGUAUCUCAAACUGUUAUUCACGAUAAUCCAAGUGGUUUGUUAUGUUCCAUGCCAGUGACGGACCAAAGUGAGAUCCCUUGCUAUGAUAAUGAAGUGGAUGCCAGUAAUUUUUGUUCCACAUCUGAUAAAGGAGAAGACUUGACUGAGAUCAGCUGUGUCAGCAAGGAAAUGAUCUGUACUGGAAUAUCGGAUGUGGCAAUUGAUUGCCUGGAUUGUUACCCUGCUUUGACUAAUAAUGUGCCCAAGUAUGACUUGACAGUUAAUCCAAACACUAAAGACUCUGAUGCUGGAGGUGGACUUUGCUCACAACAUCCUUCAACUGAAGCGUUUGUUGAUUGUGGCAGGGAAGAACUUGGUGGAAGCUUAGUGGAGUCCAAUUUGUUAGACCAGAUUUCAUCUGCAAACCAUGUUGAAGCUAUUACAACACGUUGCGACAGUUAUGAGAUCCAUCAGUCAUUGGAAGAUGUUGCCAUCGGCCAAGGUACAGAGGUUCUUCAACAGGAACAAAGCAGUAAUGUCAACUCUUGUAGAGACUGGAUUGUGUGCUGGGACUCUUUCUAUCAGAGAAAUUAUUAUUAUAAUAGUAUAACCCAGGUUUCAACGUGGUUUCCACCUCCGGGGAUGGACGCUGUAGAGACAGAAUUUAUUGAGAACCCAGAGUCCAAUGCUACACUUGUUGAGCUGACUAAGCAAGAUCUUGGUCCAUCAAUUUCUAGUGUUUGUUUACUACCACGAGAUACUUGUGUUUCUCAGCGUACAGUAGAUUCAUUAAAGGACUUCGUGGAUCAUGAUAAAUCACCUGGUCAACCAUUUGGUGAAGGUGAUUCCGUUGACCUGAAAGAUUGCGAAGAAGAUGCCACUUCACGAAGACUAGGUGAUAUGAGCAUGAUGAGUAGCCCGACAGAAAUAUCUCUUGAGGAGAAUAAUUUACUGCUGGAAGUUGGGGAUUCUCUAGAUAACUUGCAUUCUCUGUGUGGCUCUCAUACGAGCGAAUCAAAAACGGUUGCAAGAAAAAGGAUUCAGAGGAAGUCAUUGCAUGUCAAAGAAGACCUGAGCUUUCCUUUGAGUGAAGAGUACUGCACUGUCAUUGAAAAAUAUUGGUUUCAGAGGUAUCUCCUCUUUUCAAGAUUUGAUGAAGGUAUCAAAAUGGAUGAGGAAGGAUGGUUUUCUGUUACUCCUCAGUCUAUUGCUAGGCAUCAUGCAGUUCGUUGUGGUGGUGGGAUUAUAGUGGAUGGUUUCACAGGAGUCGGUGGGAAUGCUAUCCAAUUUGCACGAAUGUGUAGACACGUAAUAGCAGUUGACAUCGAUCCAAAGAAGAUUGAAUAUGCACACCAUAAUGCUGGCAUAUAUGAAGUUGAUGGUGGAAUAGAUUUUGUAAGAGGAGACUUCUUCAUUUUGGCACCAAAAUUGAAGGCAGAUACUGUCUUCUUGUCACCACCCUGGGGUGGUCCUGGUUAUAACAAAGUAAAGAAAUACAACAUGAAGACCAUGCUCAAGCCACAUGAUGGAUUCUUCCUAUUUAACAUUGCCAGGGAAAUUGCUCCCAAAGUGGUCAUGUUCCUCCCAAAGAAUGUUGAUCUGAACCAAUUAGCUGAGAUCUCUCUUUCCGUUCAACCUCCAUGGUCGGUGGAGGUCGAGAAGAACUACUUAAAUGGUAAGCUAAAGGCAGUAACUGCUUACUUCAGCAACACAGAGGCCUGCAAAAAAUAGUUUUGAGAUGGUUUAUUAAUGUACCAUACGAAGAUGAGUGUUUCUUCUUUAGAUCAUUAGCAUAUACAGUUAUCAGAGAACCCUUUUUUUCGGAGGUUAUUGAUGUCUUAUGGCAGCAGUGUUGAUUUGAAAAGAUGAUCAACUCACGUUCUGCUAAAUCUUUGUACAUAAUUGUCCACUGUUGAAAAAAUCUGUUAUUUGCUGGUCUCGUGAAGCUUGUUAAAAUUAAGGAUCAUGGUGUUGUCUAUUAUAAGUUGCAACAUUUAACUUGGAAAUGCUAUAGGUGAAAAUUGAGAGUUGGUAACAAA